AUGGCAAUGGCGGCUGUUAUCGGAGUUUCUCUUUGCUCUGCAGCGACAUUUUUUGUUUCUAUUACUCUCAUUAGAUUUAACUUGUUGAGUUUUCGUCUGCAUAAAUUAUGUACACUUGUGCAAAGUAAUAACUUUCAAAAUACUAAAUCAGUGAAUUAUUUUAUUUAUGAUGAAGUUAAAAAUUUACACCAGAGCCAUUUGUCCGCUAUUGAGUACUUUGAAAAGUGCGAAUAUAUUGGCCGCAAAGUGCUCAUGAUUCUUACCACUUAUGUUUUUGUUGGCUUGAGCUUCACAGGAACUAUGAUACUGUUUUCGUUGAGUAUAGAAAAUUAUUUCCUCUUAGUCGAAAUGAUAAUUUCAUUUAUUGCGGUCAUAUUCUUUGCAUUUCUAAUUGGUCAUUUUGGACAAAUAGUAGUCAAUGCGAGUGAUGAUAUAUUUUAUGAUUGGUAA